GUCCCACCAGUUCCCUCUGUGACAGCAGAUUAUCAUCCAACUAAUCACAACAGAUCCAAAAAUAAUUUCUCAAAAUGUUAAUUUAACAUAAAUUCAUAAAUAAAUUAUCAAAUUGUGUGUCGGUGCUUGUGUGCGCGCACGUGACAUAAUAGUCAGUCUUUUAUUUUGAAAGUACAUUUCCUGGUAUAUCAGGUGACUAAUCACCCGCUUUGUCAUGUGACUUGGUGACGUUAACAUGGCGCCCAGGCCAAACAAGAUGUUUGCUCUUGGAAGUUUUAAAGCGGUUUUGUCCGCGUUGUGUUUUUUGUGCGCGUGUGUUCGAGCUGAAAUACGAACCGCUGUUAUUGACAAACACACCGGACAGCUGUCUGUUCUCGAGGGAUAUCGAGAAGAUUUCGUGGCUUGGGCGAACUUCACUGAUGACAUUAACACAUCGGGCUGGUCUUUCUUGGAGAUCACUACCAGCAGUCGGUACAAUGACAGUGUCCAGGCCUAUGCAGCCGGUGCAGUGGAGGCUGCAGUCACAUCUCAGCUCAUCUAUAAGCACUGGAUGAACACUCUUUUAAGUUACUGUGGGCCCUUCACGUCUGUGUCUGGUUACUGUGAGCGCCUGAAGGCUUUCAUCACAACCAACAUGCAGUGGGUUCAGGAGCAAAUGGAGAAGCAGCCCAGUUCACCCUACUGGUACCAGGUGCGUCUGACGCUGCUGCAGCUGAAAGGUCUGGAGGACAGCUAUAAUGACCAGCUGUCAUUGCCAAUAGGGUCGUUCUCCCUCAACCCGUUCGGCUUCCUACUUUUUCAGCUAGGCGGGGAUCUGGAGGACUUGGAAUCUGCUCUGAACAAAUCCAGCCAAACUAGACCUCUUGGAUCUGGCUCCUGUUCUGCUCUCAUUAAGCUGCUGCCAAACAACAAGGAGCUGCUGGUGUCGCAUGACACCUGGAACGGCUACCAGUCCAUGCUGCGCAUCAUGAAGAAAUACAUGUUUGCCUUUAAAGUUUCUCCUUCAGAGGAAGGCUUUCUUCCUGGAGGAACUCAGGCGUUCUCCUCUUAUCCUGGAUCGAUCUUCUCUGGAGAUGACUUUUAUAUCCUAAGUAGUGGCUUGGUUACUUUGGAAACCACCAUUGGCAACAGUAACCCUGCUCUCUGGAAGUUUGUUCAUCCCACGGGAACCGUCAUGGAGUGGUUGAGGAACAUUGUGGCCAAUCGACUGGCUGCUACUGGCAAAGAGUGGGCCAAGAUAUUCAGCAUGUACAACAGUGGAACGUAUAACAACCAGUGGAUGAUUGUGGACUAUAACCACUUCACUCCAGGAAGGACUGACAUUAAAGAGGAUCUCUUUGUUGUACUGGAGCAGAUUCCGUAAGUCUUUGCACCACAUCUUUAAUCAAAAC